UUUACGCGAAACAAGAUUGUAAUAAAGAAAUAUUUUGCUUUGGUCCAAUUCUACACGCCGUUCAAAUGUCAAACAUAAUGAAUGACUCGAAACAAUUCGUCGACAUGAAAUUGAAAUAUAGUUUGAAUACGGUUAAAAGUAAUUUUGAAAAGAUGAAGUCGAGAGAUGAACAAAGCAUUAAAGCUUUUUUGGAAGAAAAUUUCGAAAAUGUAGAAUCUGAAUAUUUAGAAGAAGUGCCAUCGGACUGGAAAGAUUCACCACAAUUUUUGACUACCAUUAAAAGUCAUAAUUUAAGAGUUUUAGCAAGUAAAUUACAUGGAAUGUGGAAGGAUCUUUCUAAAAUAAUUAAUCCAGAAAUAGGAAAGUCGGACCACUACAGUCUUAUUUAUGUCCCUAAUGUUGUUAUUAUGCCUGGAGGUUUCCUCCGAGAAUAUUAUUAUUGGGACACAUACUGGAUAGUUCUUGGUCUUUUAGUUUCUGGUAUGUAUAAUACUGCCAAAGGAAUGAUGGAUAAUUUCAAACAACUUAUCCUAACUUAUGGUUAUAUUCCAUACGGAGGACGAGUUUACUAUCUAACUAGAUCACAACCACCUCUAUUUAUUCCCAUGAUAUUUGAAAUUUAUGUACACACUCAGGACGAAAACUUUGUUAAUGAAUAUUUACCUAUAAUGGAAAAGGAAUUAAGUUAUUGGGAAUCAAAAAAAACUUCAUCGACAUUAGGAUAUGAUUAUUUCGUUUAUUCAUCAGUUAUAGAAGGACCUCGACCUGAAAAUUACAAAGACGAUAUUACAAACGCGAGACAUUUCAAAAAAGAUGAAAAAAAGAACUUCUACUCUGAAAUGAAUUCUGUAGCAGAAUCUGGUUGGGAAUAUUCUAGUAGAUGGAUUAUUAAUGCAGAUGGUUCAAAUAUAGGAACACAAUUAGAUUCAAAAAUUCGUAGUAUAAUUCCGAUAGAUUUAAAUGCUAUUAUGUGUGGAAACUAUAGGAUGCUCUCUGAAAUGUACAAACAAAUGGGCGAUACAGUUAACUCAAAAAAAUACUCAGAAAAGUAUUCAGAAAUGAAACAUGCAUUGAAAGUUUUAUGGGAUGAGAAAGCAGGAAUUUGGUUAGAUUAUGAUAUGAAAAACGAAAAGAAGAGGGAUUAUUUUUAUGCGUCAAAUUUAAUACCACUUUGGGCUCGUUGCUAUGAAAAAAAUGAGACCGAGAUAAUUGUAGCUUCCGUUAUAAAUUAUUUGAGUCACCAUCAAAUUACUUCUUAUAAAGGUGGAGUUCCUACCAGUUUAUAUGAUUCCGGACUAGAGUGGGAUCUACCAAAUAGUUUUCCUCCUAUAAUGCACUUUAUAAUUGUUGGAAUAAACGAAACAAGAAUUCCAAUUGCACAACAUAUGGCUUUUGCAAUGGCUCGUCAGUGGAUAAAAUAUAAUUUAAAAGCGUUCAAUAAAGAUCAGCUGAUGUAUGAAAAAUAUCACGCAGUGAACCCUGGUCGCAAAGGAAUAGGAUUUUCAUUUGACAUCAAGGGAGGUUUUGGAUGGACCAAUGGUGCCCUUUUGGAUCUAAUUAUAAAGUAUCGGCAUAUUGACUUUGUGUCUAAGUCAUAUCGCUAUGAAAGUGGAUUAUUUCCCUGAUUCUAAAUAUAAAGAUUCAAGAGGAUUGUGAGGCAUUAAAUUAUACAGAGUGUUUUGUAUAACAGGCAACGUCUAACUGUAGAUUCAAGGCAAAGCAGGACGUCAUUAGCUCAAUACCAAAUUAAAAAAAAAGCAUUGCUAAAUUUGUAACCAUGCAUAUAUGUCUAAUAACUAUACUGUUAGUUAAUAAAUAUAUAAAAUAUGUCUAAAUAAAAAAUA